AUGCGUCUUGAACCAGAGAACAACCACCACCUCCCGCGAAUACUGUGCUUGCACGGUGGCGGUACGUCUUCGGAGAUUUUCCGACGACAGUGCCGAACCCUGAUUCGACUCAUUGCACCAUACUUUCGCCUCGUCUUUGCCAACGGGCCCUAUCCGUGCGAAGUUGCCGGGCCCGACGUUUCGGCAGUCUAUGCGAGCUACGGGCCCUUUCGUCGGUGGCUUCGCUGGCUGCCGGAGCACCCCUGGGUGGACAAUGCAGAUGGCGCUAACGCGAUAGAGGCGUCCAUGCAAAGCGCAAUGGCUCAGGAUGAUGCCCAGGGCGGUCGUGGUGACUGGGUUGGGCUAAUUGGCUUCAGCCAGGGUGGCAAAGUCGCCGCCAGCGUGCUGCUUGAGACGCAGGUCCGCGCUGAGACUGCCGCGCGGCGGCCCAGCUGGGCUACAGACUCUUCUCCCGUAUGGUUUGCUGGAGUACAGUGGCGUUUCGGCAUCCUGCUGGCUAGCCGAGCGCCAAUUGUCGCCCUCAGUGACUUAACCAUGGCUCUAGACGGUGUCGGCUUUCCCAGUGAUCUCUUCUCCCAGCCGCCAGUGGUGGGGGACCAUGUCGAGAAUGACCACCGCUUGAGGAUACCUACGGUCCAUGUUCAUGGCACUCGCGAUGCGGGUAUAAAGUAUCACCGUGCCCUGCUACAAGAUUUCACAGCUACGACGAGCGCGGAGCUGGUGGAGUGGGAAGGGAAUCAUCGGGUGCCUAUCAAGACGGCCGAAGCGAUGCGUAUUGUCGAAGCCACGCUUAGAGCAGCCAAGAGAGCGGGCAUAAAGGUUUCCAAUUUUAAAAGUUAG